AUGUACCUGGCAUCUAUUUUAUUAGUUGGUGCUCCACUGGAUGCUGCGGGUACAGCUGUGAUGAGCGUUGCAUGUGGCGAGAAACACACUAUAUUAUUAGCUGAAGAUGGUAAGAUGUGGAGUGUUGGAGGUAAUGAAGAUGGUCAGCUAGGAAGGGGAGGACGCGGACCUGGCAGCUUUACCAUCUAUCCUGUUUCUUUCAGUGGUGGUGUGAGAAUGCUACAGGUCGCAGCGGGUCGGGCACAUUCGUUAGCAGUAGCAGAAGAUGGUAGAUUAUUCGCUUGGGGUAGUAAUGAGCACGGUCAGCUGGCAAUGCCACGCCACAUUUCAUGCCAAGAAACACCG